GGAGCGACCAAGCAUGGCCUCGAAGCAGCACUCCGUCUCGCAAGCGCAAGAGAAGGACGUCGCACCGAUACCUGUGCGAUCGACGGUGCUCUCUGGAUCCAAGCUCGCGAUCGCCCUGGUUUCCCUAUAUGGCUGUCUUUUCCUCGUCAUGCUCGACCAGUUGAUUCUCACGACAUCCUCCCCGCACAUCGUCUCGCAGUUCAACGCGCUCGGCGACAUCGCAUGGAUCACGACCGCCUACUUUGUAGGCCAAGCCUCGACGACGCUCAUGUUCGGCAAACUCACCGCCCUCUUCCCCACCAAACUCGUCCUCCUCUCCUCCAUCUUCGUCUUCGAAGCCGGCUCCGCCAUCUCCGGCGCCGCGCCCUCCAUGAACGUCCUCCUCUUCAGCCGGACCUUGCAAGGCAUCGGCGGCGGCGGGCUCUCCGUGUCCACCUUCGCCACCAUCGCCAACAUCACGACGUUGAAGCAGAGAGGGUGGGCGACCGGUCUGGUCGCGAUGGUCUUCGCGCUCUCGUCCGUCGUCGGCCCGCUCGUCGGCGGCGCCUUCGCCGACUCGAGCGCGACCUGGCGCUGGUGUUUCUACAUCAACCUGCCCAUCGGCGGCCUCGCCUCGCUCGUCCUCCUCCUUGUCAUCCCCUACGCGCCCGCGACGCAUUCCCCGCCCGGCGGGCUGCGGUGGUACCAGGUGCUCAGCAAGAUCGACCUCUUCGGCUGCAUACUCGCGAUGGGCGCGACGGUCUGCUUCCUCGUCCCGCUCACCACCGGCGGGAACGUCUUCGCCUGGAAAAGCGCCGUCGUCUGCACCCUCUUCCCGGUGUCGGUCGUGUUCUUCGUCGCGCUGAUGGCGUGGUGCCGCUAUCGCGGCCCCGACGCGAUCCUCCCGCUCUUCCUCCUCCGGAACAAGAGCAUGAACGGCGCGUGCGGACACGGGUUCUUCAUCUGGGGAGCGAUGAUGAUCACCUCCGUCUACCUCCCGUACUACCUCCAAGCCAUCAAAGGCGUCAGCGCGAUCCGUUCCGCGGUCGAGUUGCUCCCGUUCAUGAUCUGCGGCACGGUCGCGGCCGCGAUCGGCGGCGCGUUCAUCUCCAGGACGGGCCACGUCACGUCUUGGCUCGUCUUCCCGCCCGUGCUAUGCGCCAUCGGAUACGGGCUCAUGUUCACGUUGGACGAAAAGUCGAGUAUGGCGAGGGUGUACGGGCUCCAGGUGCUCGUCGCGCUCGGCGUCGGCGCCGGGCUGCAGCAGAACCUGCUCGUCCCCCAAAUCAUCUACCAGGACAACCCGAUCCACUCCCGGAUGGGCAUGUCCCUCAUCCUCUUCCUCGGUUUCAUCGGCCGCUCGCUCGCCAUCGCCAUCGCCGGCGCCGUGCUGCUGAACCGCUUGGGCGCCGAGAUACCGAAGACGCUCCCGGGCGCGCCGGCGUCGAUCGUGCACGCCGUGAAGAGCAACGUCGACAGCGUGCGGAGUCUGUCGGACGAGUUCAAGCCCGGCGCGGUGCUCGCGUACGCGCGCGCGCUCCAGCCGACGCUCAUCAUCGGGUUGCCGUUCUCGAUCGCGGCGCUGCUUUCGGCGCUGUUCAUCAGUCGGUCGAUCGCGAAGAAGGCGGCGACGGAAACGAGGGUGCCGCCGCAACCGCAGGACGCCGAGGCGGGCGCGGCGACGCCCGUGGGCGAGGCGGAGAUCGAGAAGGUGCAGGAGGAGGCGUAGAUUUCGCGCUCGUUCGGUUUUUUGUUUUCCGACUCGGCGUUUUGCCAGGGCUCUAUUGUGUGGGUUUUGUGUACGCUACGACUUCUAGGCUGACUGCGAUAGAUGGUUCGGGACGAUGAUGACUAUACGAUUGUUGUGUGUAGACUUGCGCGGAUAUGCGUGUCGUCAAUUCGGAGAAUUGGAUGUUGGC